AAUUAAUUUCAUGACUAAGACCUGGCCGAAAGUGAGUACCUUAUAUCUGUCAAUGCUGAUAACGGCUCGUUUCCAUUAAUAUUCAACUUUUUUCUUCGGAAUAUGGUGAUAAGGACCUAAUAUUAUCCCCAGGAUUCAAACAAAUGGAAGAGUAUUUUUACAAUUUAACGAAGAUCAUGAUUUCAACCUGUUUCGAGGAAUUAGCUAUUUGCAUUUACAAAGGGGGCAAAAUUCCUACUGAGUUUAAAGAAGUAAUUCUUAAACAUCUGUCGUCUGGAUCAAAAGUUACCAGAUCGGAUAGAACUAAACUGGAUAAUUCUCUUGCGAAAUACAAAAAUUAUUUGCGGGAAGUUACCAAAAAAUUAAUAUCGAAUGUUGCAACGGAUGUACAUGCAUUUUUCGAAAAAAAUCAAGCUCAUGUGAUGCUGUCUUCAGACGAUUUAUCUGUUGCGAAAUCUGACUCCAUUGCAUCAUUGGAAAAUAGCCUUAAAUCUUGUCGAGAAUGUUCAGUUAAUAUUGAGUUAAAUGAUUCGCUGUCUUCUUUAACUGUUGAGCAGUUAAAGAAUAUGAUUGGCGUAUAAAAUAUCUUAAUGCCAUAAAAUAGUAAUAAAUGAUCAGACAUUGUAAUUACUUAAAUAAUAUUUAUCAGUAUGAGUAAAUUCAAAUAAAGUACAAAAAUAUAUUGUUUUAUCUUUUUAAAGUUUAA